AGAGGAGGAGGACGGGUUACACUGGCACCUCACAUCCCAUACUGGAUUUACCGGACUCCACCUGUCGUGAGCGCUAUGUUGUUUUGUGUGCGUGUCGUAAGCGAGUGAUAACAGCGCACUCUGAUACAGGACGGCACGGGGCUUCUCGGACUGCACGAGACACAAACACAGGAGAGAGAGAGAGCCGGCGGUGUUUUAAACCGAGUAUCGACGGAAAAUAGAAAAAUUAACGAGCAGGUGAAAGGACUGCUUCAACUCUCACCGCCUGUUUUAUAUUUUGAAAUGUUUUUUUUAUUUUAACCGAGGACAGAAGAGGGAACGACAACCAUAAUUCCGGUGGAUGGUUUUAUCCGCAGUGCCUCAACCAACCAGCCAACCGGGGAGCAGAAUGUCAAGACAGCAGCAGCACCGGACGCCGUUAAAACUCACCGACAACGUGGUGGAGGUCAAGAGCAAAUUUGAGGCAGAAUACCGUCGCUUCGCUCUGAAGAAGAAUGGCCCAGGUGGCUUCCAGGAGUUCUACCGCCUCCUCCAAACCAUCCAUCACAUCCCUGGUGUUGAUGUGCUGCUGGGAUACGCCGAUGUGCACGGAGACCUCCUUCCAAUUAACAAUGAUGACAACUUCCACAAAGCUGUCUCGUCAGCCAAUCCCCUGCUUCGUAUUAUCAUAACCAAGAAAGAGGAUGAACCUGUAGUUUUUGGCACCAACUCCCUCCAGAGGCGUAAAAAGGGGCUGGGAUUAACGGGACUGCGGACCACUGGCUCAGGCUCCACCCACUCCAAGAACAAACCUGGCCUUAUGAUUGGCCUGCCGCAGAACUUCAGACAGAUCUCAUCCAUUAUUGAUGUGGACAUCUUACCUGAGACGCACCGACGGGUUCGACUUCAUAAGCACGGUACCCACAAACCACUGGGUUUCUACAUCCGUGAUGGGGUGAGCGUGCGGGUGACACCGCAGGGUGUAGAGAAGGUUCCAGGGGUGUUCAUAUCUCGUCUGGUACGUGGUGGGCUAGCAGAGAGCACAGGGCUGCUGGGAGUUAAUGAUGAAAUUCUUGAGGUGAAUGGCAUCGAUGUAGCAGGAAAAUCUCUGGAUCAGGUUACAGACAUGAUGGUGGCCAACAGUCACAACCUCAUUGUGACUGUGAAACCGGCUAACCAGAGGAACAAUGUGCUGCAUCGUGGGAGUAAAACCUCAGUGGGCAACUCUGGUUCUGUAGGCUCAGCUGGAUCUACAGGCUCUGCUUUGUCACAUGACUCACCAAGCCCCGCCUCUCAGAGCAACCCCAUUACUGCAAGCAACAGCAUUGCAGAGGGUGACAGUGAUGAUGAAGAUGAUGAUGGCGACGUUAUUCUGGAGAACGACUGUCUGACACCCUACAACUCCCACCGGGUAACCAACAGUAACAAUACUAACCUCAACAGAGACUCACCUAACAACAGGCCGCACAACUCCACUGUGGUUAGGCCCCUCCCACAGAGCGUCUCAUUGCCCAAUAGCAUUGGAGCAUCCCUGAGUGACAGCUCCACGAUGAUGUCCAGCCACAACGGGAACACAGCCAGUAGCAGUCAAGAGAGCAUGAGAGAGGAUGGCAACAUAAUAACACUGUAACCAUGACAACACUGAUAGCUACACUGUAGCAGGGAGGACUAUGGAAUGUUACAACCACAGAGUGCUGUAACCAUGACAACAGAUGGCUGUGCACCCCGUGAGCCAUGUAACAGACUCAGCUACAACUUUUCUGACAAAGAUUUUUCUUGUUGAUUCACUGAUAGUUACUCUUUCUAAAGUGGAUGGACCCUGAGUCUGACAGGUUAGAGACACUGACAGCACUGCACAGAUACAGGACAGAGGGCUCGGCUGGUUUCUUACCCUUUGUCAGCCUUGGUGGAUCAUGGGUUUUCAGAAUCUAGAAUCAGAACACCGCUGACUUUUUAUGCGUCUGCAAAAUGUGGCAACAAGUCUAAUGUACAGAGCUGAAUUUUCUGAUUCUGUAAGGAAAAAAAACAACAAUAACUAUAUUCACCCCAGGGAAAAAAUUGAAACACCUAAUGUAUUUAAUUGAUAGACUUACGGAGAGCAACAUGAUUGAGAAAUAAUUCUAAAUCCUCUCGUAAAAGCCACUUAGUUUGAUGUCCACAUAUUGAGGAAAUAAUCUCAAUUCCAAAAAUACUCGGUGAAGCACUGCAAAAUCAUUGUUAUCUGCUGAUAGCUGACUUCCUGAGUACACAACAGUGACAGAGCAAUAUAAUUUAAUCUGAGCAUAAAGACCAGGGCAAGCAGUGCUGCAAGAGUUUGGGAUUUUCCUGAUCUAGAAAUUUUCUUUGCUUGUCUGUAUGGUGUUUUGGUGCCUAGCGCAGAGCACACAGGUGGGACGUUGAAGCAGUGUAAAGAGCAUUGUGGGUAUUUUUGUUGAAAAUGUGUUUUAGACGUUGCUGAGACGUCUCAGAACCAGGUCUGUUUCUGGAGUCACUCCACCGGCAAUCGGGUGAUUUUCUUAACAAAAGCAAAUUAAAUGCUUGGAGCAAAUGCACAAUAAUGACAGAAUGAUCAUGAAAAAUAUGAAAUGAACUAUUUUAGUUAAUUAACUACAGCUUGCAUCACAACCAGCAGAUUUAAUGCAGAGGGGAAGUCAGUAAUUGCAGUAUAUGAAUCUGAGUGGUUCUUACAGUAUCUGUGCUCCACAACUGCUGUAAAUUGUCUGAAAAGUUUCUCCAUUCAGUUCAAUAAAUCUUUGCAGCCAUCUGAAGGCAGCAGGACACACAUCUGCAGCCUCUGAUUGGAGAUAGGUGCUCAGAGCACAGCUGUUUCAGAGAUAUGAGAGCAGUGUUAUGAUUUUCUGAGAGUGUAUUUAUUAAUCACCACACUCAUAUUCCACCUCACCCAGCCCCUUUACACUGCUGCACCUACAUGAACCAAAAUAGCAGGUGUCACUCAUGGUCUGUGAGCCCAAGAUCUACUACUUUGCACUGGUCAUUGCGCUUUCAACAUUCGCAUAAUGCCCUAAGUGUACUAUAAAUCAUGAGACAACAAAUAUAUACAAGGCAGAAGAAAAUAGAAAAUGGUUUAAACCAGUUAAAAGUGAAAUGAAAGGGAUUUGAUUGCUAUAGUUGUCAUUUUUAAAUUUUCCUUUAAAUUUCUUGUAAUUAUUUUUCAAAAAAUAAUUUGUCAUACAAUAUGACACAUGAUUCAUCUCAUUUAAUUUAAGAAUAAAAAGGGUGGUCAGCUCUACUAUAUUUUAAGACUAGAUAAGAUAUAGUAUUUACAGUGUGGCACUGCAAAACAGUUACUGUGAAUCACAUAUGUCACUGUCAUGAUCUUUAAAUAAUUUCUGCUGCAAUUACUCAAAACAAGCAUUGAUGUGGAGAAGGAAAGCUGUGUGAAAUGGGUGAUGCAGGUACAGUAAUUAUUUUUUCUCAUUUUCAGUUAGGCAGGGGCAUCAGCUCCCUCUCCCUCCUCAGUCAAAUAACCUCUAAUUACAUAAACACAUACACAUGUAUUGUAUAUGCACACUAACACAUCGUCAACCAGCGAGGGGAGUAGGGGUCAAAAUAAGGAAAUUCCUGUCAUGUUUGAACAGUCUGAGAGCAGUGCAGUAUGGGACACAGAGUGCUCUUAUACUCUUAUCUGGGUCAUAUAAACCUGUAUGUGUGUGUGUGUGUGUGUGUGUGUGUGCGAGUGUGUGAGGCCCUCGUCUUUGUUGUUGCAGCUCUGGGGGUAUUGCCUUACAGUCAGAAAUGUUGGCUGACUCUGUCACACACUGCACUCUUUCUUUAUUGUCCCCCCUCUGUCUCACGUUCUGCUUCAAAUUAUACCAAAAUACUUCUGGGCUGACUGUCAGACUGAGUAAAUGUCACAGUGAUGUCUGUCUGGUCUUGGGUGAUGCCAGCCUGCCCCAACUACAGUUACACCAUAUGCUCUAGGAUAUUUUCAAUGAAUUUCAUGUAUCAGAAAUAAAAAUCAUAAUACCCUGAAUACAGAAAUACUACACAGAGCUCCACAGUCUCCUUGUGUUUAGUGUCUUCUGACAAUCUAGUCUCAAACCGUGGCUGUACAGUGUUUUGACCUUAAGCAAACUUUAUAGAAAUAGGAGCCAUUCAAAGGUGUUCUGUGGUGUUUUCUUGUAAACUAAGAAAAGUUUUAACACUUAAGGUCUAACAGAUGGGUUGAAUAUGCCUAUUUCCUCAUAAAACAUUUACAAAGUCAAUUUUAAAAUUUUAUUCUUCAUUUUAAAGUAUUCUGCUUUGUUUUUACCCAUGUACCACUACAGUAACCCGCAGUUUUCCUCUUUACCACCUUCAGUGGUGUGUUGUUGUGUUUCUAGGCACAUUGCAUGAGACAAACAAAACAGGGACCCCCUCAUAGAAAACUGCUCCACAGUGUUAUUAGAAGACAAAACUCCACAGAGAACCUUUAAUAGGCUGGUUGAAAACAGCUAUUGUUGUUUAUCAUUUUAAAGUAGCGUUUUCACUUGUAAGCACAUGUUAACUCACUAACCAGUGCUUAUUUAUUUUGUCUCAGUUAGCCAAUCAAAGAUUUGUAGAUGGAAUUAAGAAUGGGUACAUCAUCAUUCUACGCAGCUAGAUUUGUAGGACGACACCUGUUAAAUAUACUGACAGGAAGAUGGCAGUAAAAAGCAUGGAUGACAUGGAAACAGCUGUGCAGAUUGUUGUAAGUCAACAUUUUUCUUUGUCUUGAAUAAUUUCAAUUUCUAUUGUCUGGUGUUCAUACAGAAAGGUCAUUGAAUCCUGUAAAAUCUCCCCGCCACAAAGUAUGAUGCUCAAACAUCACCCUGCUCUCCAGCCACUGAAAGUAAUACCCCUUUCUUACAGGGGAUGUGUGUAUAUGGGGCUAGUGAACACACAUUCAAUUCCUAAACCAUCUAAGUAAGUAAAUGAAGCUCAGUAAUUCAAAGGCAAGGUUGGACAUUGUUUUUUCCUACAGCAGACAAAUGAUUUCCAGUCUGACCCAGCAUGAGUCUGUGUGUCCCACUGGUCUGUGUGGACAUUACAGCCUGAUAUAACUCUCUCCUGCUGUGUUUAAAUUCUGUUCAAAACACAGUUAAAAUACAGAUGCAUCUGUCCUGGUGUCUAUGCUGUUACGUAGGCAGAGGUAGGGCAACUCACCAAGACUAAAACCUACUGAUGCUGGUCAACAGCCAGGAAAGAUAAAUCAAGUCCCCCUGACCUGAAUAUAUUUUGUCAAAGUUUGAUGUCAGCAGCUGCUUAAUACACACACACAAACACAUAUAUAUAUAUUUAAUGUAUGUUAAUGUAAAAUGUAAAUGUAAGAUUAUGAAUCAAGGGAGAUUUUCGUUACCUGGGAGAAGUUUUUAUGUAAGAGAACAUUUUAUAAUAUGUGUAAAAUAUGGAGAGUAUUUUUCUUAUUCUUGUACUUUUAAACUGUACAUGAGAGGAGAUGGGGGACUGAGAUGAAUAGUGUGUGUGUGGUAGGCUGUCACUACAUGUCUGAACAUGCACACAGUGUUUGGUUUAUGUUUAGCAAAUGUGGUUAUAGUAGCUUAAUUAAAGAUGAAGAAGGUCUUUUUCAGAGACAACUAUUUCCAAGUUUUGGUUCAAAUUUAAUUCUGCUUUGAUUUAUAAUGAAUGCAUGCUUAAAUGUUCCAUGUUAGCGAUGGAAAUCCAGCAGUAGUCCCCAAAGUGAUGUACCACUGGUGUGCAUGUCAGCACAGUUAUUCCAAGGUUCACAUGUUUGGUGCUUAUCAUGGCUUGUAAGUGUAUCCAUCAUUUGUUUGGAUCAUUUACUCUUGCAACUAUGUGACUGACAUUUUGUGUCCCUACCAACAAACACUGAUUAUUCAUAUGACUGGAUUACCAACUGAGCAAACUGGACCAGACCACUAGGGGCCCUAAAGGCCCCAGGGUCAGUGUGUGGCACCCCAUCAAAGUGGCUGGAGUGUUUUGACCUUACCUAAAGAUUCUGUUUAAUAGCUAAUAAUAUUUCCCUUGAUAUAGAUAAUAAAUCUGUGUGAGGUCAAAUGGUCACAAACUAAUCUGAAUAGGGAGAUGAAGGGUGUCUUAAUGGGCACCCAUAGCUCAUUUUUGCCUCAGGGCCACAGACAAGCUAGUUCAGCCCAGCAUUAAAGGAACAGUCCAGUAUUCUUGGACUGUGCGGCAGACGUGUUUAUCCUAGCUUAGCACAAAUGCUGGGAGCAGGGGGAAACUACUAGCCAAGCUCUUCCUCUGCCUUACUCCAAAACUGUCAUAUUUAUACAUGUUUUACGAUUGAAAUAAAUAUUGGAUUGUGAAAACAAGAAAUUGUGUUUUCAGGGACUGUUAGCAUUAGCAAAACUAUUUCUUAAUCAACCGCCUGUUGCUAGGUGUACAGUAAAUAGAAUAUUUGCACUAGAACCUUAAAUGUUUGAUCAUUUUGAGAUGUAUUAAGUUUGAUUUCCAAAGCAGUAGUUUCAUGGAGUCUUCAGUGUUCUUUUUUUGCUACCUGGAAACACUGCUUCAUGCAUCAUUCCUGAAGUCCUGACCUGGUUUAAAUACUGUCAACAAAACCCCCCUUUCCCAGUCUUUUUUCUAAGCUAGGCUAAACACACCCUGGACAUUUCUCAGUGCUGGAUGGUCAGAGGUGAAACUACUGAACUUUUCAUCUGACUCUGGAGCACAAACGAGAAUAUAUCUCUAAAUAUUAGACUGUCCCUUUAAUGAAUGGUUGUAAAUGACCCUGAGCUGUAGUUACUGUGGUGCAGUACAUAUAAAAAAUAAGCCAGUAAAUGAACGGUUGAACUAUUUAAAAGGUGAAUAAAUUCAGUGCUCCUCCUACAGCCUUUUGUGGGAAGCAAAAUAACAUCUGAAAGAAAGAUCCGUGAUUUGCAACUGACAAAUGUGGAGCUUAAGCCAAUGUGACAUCUCCCUCUAAAUUACACCACUGAUGUCUGACUAAACAGAAAACAGCCACUCUGUGCUUUUGAUGAUCAUGUCGCCAAACCCCUUCAGUGUCAUGUCACUGCUGAACUCUGUAUGUAGCCUGUUUACACCCUGACAGCCGGUCAACCUUGGAGACGUUCUGGAUGCUUGUGUGGUUAAGCAAAAAAAUUAAAAAAAAGAAAACAGAAAAAAAAGAGGAUGUCCUCCCUUGACUGUACACGCUUUUAGAAAACAAAGGAAGUGCCUUUUUGAAGUAAGGAUACUUGUGUUUCAUUGGAUGUCAUGUCCUGUGUGAUGUUCAGUGCACAGCUGAAGCAGCUCAGUGCAGCAGGUUGUUUCAGAUGAUGGACAGCAGCAGGACUUACCGUCUGAUCAAACAGCCUGAUGAAGGUUUCUUAUUCGACACAUGUGAUGUGUGUAACCUGUACUGCACACAGCUGCUCUCUAUAGGAGUCUGUAACUAAACUGUGAAUGUCAUUUGGAGGUAAAAUAUGCUGAUUAUCAAAUUAUUAUAUUAAGGUAAUAAAGUAUUAUUACAAGGCACAAA